CUCGUCUCUCCCUCCCGGAUACCCGCUCGGCUUUCCGGAGCCGCGCUCGGCAUCGCCUCCAUUGUGUCCUGCUGGGGGAGGCUCUGAGGUGCAAGGGGGCCUCUAGGCAUCGCCCCCUCCCUGCCUUGGAACGGAGGACGCUUUUGAAGCGGAAAAACCCCGCGGAAGCCGGGGACGAAGGGGAUUUUGGGGAGCCCCGAGGGAGGAACGUGCGUUGUUUCCUCUGCCAUGGAGCCCUGGGUGCUGCUGGAUCCGCGGCAGAAGGCUCUGUACCUCGACGUGAUGCACGAGAGUUACGAGACCCUCAUGUCCCUGGCUCAGGGGCUGGUGAGUGAAAAAGCAGUGGAGAGAGGAGCACCGGAGAGCAGUGCUGGGCACUCAUCCCGCACCCUGGAGCGGGAGAAGCCCCUGGGCUCCCACCGGCGCAAAGCGAAGCGCCCAGACAAAGCCGUGCCCCUCAAACCCACCACACUCCCCAAACUCGGCCGUGCCAAACCCCCGCGUGGACAAGGACCGGGCCGGGAGCGGCCUUUCGGCUGCGCCGACUGCGGGAAGAGCUUCCCGUGGGCCUCGCACCUGGAGCGGCACCGGCGGGUGCACACCGGCGAGCGGCCCUUCGGCUGCCCCGAGUGCGGCGAGACCUACAGCCAGAGCUCGCACCUGCGGCAGCACCGCCGCACCCACGCCACCGGCGACCGCCCGCACAAGUGCGGCGACUGCGGGAAGCGCUUUGCUGCCGCCGCCGAGCUGGCGGCCCACGGCCGCGGCCACGCCGCCGACAAACCCCACAAGUGCGGCGACUGCGGGAAGGGCUUCGUGUGGGCCUCGCACCUGGAGCGGCACCGCCGCGUGCACACCGGUGAGAAGCCUUUUGGGUGUGCCGAGUGCGGCGAGGCGUUCAGCCAGGGCUCGCAUCUGGCCAAGCACCGCCGCAGCCACGCUGGUGAGAGGCCACACCGCUGCCUGGCCUGCGGGAAGACCUUCAGCCAGAGCUCGGACCUGGCGCGGCACCGCCGCACACACCUGGGCAGGAGGCCGCUGCGCUGCGGCGACUGCGGGAAGCUGUUCCGGGCGGGGCCGGCGCUGGCACGGCACCAGCGGUGCCACAGCCGGGAGCACUCGCACCGUUGCGGCGACUGCGGGAAGGGCUUCGUGUGGGCCUCACACCUGGAGCGGCACCGCCGCGUGCACACUGGCGAGCGGCCCUUCCCCUGCGGCAGCUGCGGUGAGCGCUUCACGCAGAAGGCGCAUCUGCUGCAGCACCGCAAGACGCACUCGCCGGAGCGGCCCUACAAGUGCGGUGACUGCGGGAAGCGCUUCGGGGAAGCGCCGCUGUUCCUGGUGCACCAGCGCGGCCACACCGAGCACAAGAGCUACACCUGUGACGAUUGUGGGAAGGGAUUUGCCUGGGCGUCGCACCUGGAGCGGCACCGCCGCGUGCACACCGGGGAGAAGCCGUUCAAGUGUCCCGAGUGUGGCGAGGCGUUCAGCCAGGGGUCUCAUCUCAGCAAGCACCGCCGCAGCCACCUCCCCAAGGCUGCGGGGCCCUCACCCCUGGCCAGGACACGGCUCACUGGGGACAUGCCUGGAACUCGCAGCAGUGAGGAGCCCUAAGGACUAAGAGGCUUCUCGGUGUGAUGGAUGCAGACAGACAACUUCUCGGAAGGUUGCAGUUUAUUGCAGCUCUGAGACACGUGAAAAGUCUCUGUUUCAGCCCACGUGUUCAAACAAUGAAUGGAAGUUCUUCAGUUCUCA